AUGAAUGUGCAGUCCUACAUUUUUCAUCUAAUCAUCCUGACAGCUGCCACCUGGGCUUCUGAAGAUGAAACUCGACUUGUCAAAACCCUAUUCACCGGUUACAACAAGGUGGUCAGGCCCGUCAGUCACUUCAAGGACCCUGUGGUUGUCACUGUCGGCCUGCAGCUGAUCCAGCUCAUCAGCGUGGAUGAAGUCAACCAGAUUGUCAGCAGCAACGUGCGACUCAAACAGCAAUGGAAAGAUGUCAACUUGCAGUGGAACCCAGAGGAUUAUGGCGGCAUCAGAAAGAUCAGAAUUCCCUCCACUGACAUUUGGCGGCCGGAUCUGGUGCUCUACAACAACGCCGAUGGUGACUUUGCCAUUGUGCACGAGACCAAAGUGCUGCUGGAGUACACAGGGUUGAUCACGUGGAACCCUCCCGCCAUUUUCAAAAGCUACUGUGAGAUCAUUGUGCUUCAUUUUCCCUUUGACCUGCAGAAUUGCAGCAUGAAACUGGGUACCUGGACCUAUGACGGAAACUUGGUCGUCGUCAAUCCUGAUAGCGAUCGUCCCGACUUGAGUAACUUCAUGGAAAGCGGCGAGUGGGUGAUGAAAGACUUCCGCAGCUGGAAGCACUGGGUGUACUACGCCUGCUGCCCAGAAACUCCCUACCUAGACAUCACCUACCACUUCCUCAUGCUGCGUCUCCCCCUCUACUUCAUCGUCAAUGUCAUCAUCCCGUGCAUGCUCUUCUCCUUCCUGACCGGACUUGUCUUCUAUCUGCCUACAGAUUCUGGUGAGAAGAUGACUCUGAGCAUCUCCGUCCUACUAUCUCUAACUGUCUUCCUGCUGGUCAUCGUGGAGCUGAUCCCGUCCACCUCCAGCGCCGUGCCGCUCAUCGGGAAGUACAUGCUCUUCACCAUGGUCUUCGUCAUUGCCUCCAUCAUUAUCACCGUCAUCGUCAUCAAUACUCACCACCGCUCCCCGAGCACCCACACCAUGCCCGAAUGGGUGAGAAAGCUUUUCAUUGAAACCAUCCCAAACAUCAUGUUCUUCUCAACGAUGAAGCGUCCUGGAAAGGAAAAGCCGGUGAAGAACAUCUACGGGGGCGACUUUGACAUCUCAGACAUUUCAGGCAACCAGGCUUCUACCGUGCCCUACCAGUCACCGAUAACCAAAAACCCUGAUGUUCGCAGUGCCAUUGAAGGAGUCAAGUACAUUGCGGAGACCAUGAAAUCAGACGAAGAAUCCAAUAAUGCUGCUGAGGAGUGGAAAUUUGUGGCUAUGGUACUGGAUCACAUCCUGCUAUGCGUCUUCAUGGCUGUGUGUCUUAUUGGCACAUUGGGAGUGUUUGCUGGACGUCUCAUUGAGCUGAGCAUGCUCUAG